ACGCGGACGAGUCGACCGGAGACCAGGCAAAACAUCUAAAUGUUUCCGGGCAAGAUUUAGUGAGUUUUGCAGAAAAAUCUAAAAGUGAAGUUCGCGAAAACAUUACGGCGUUGGUGUCGGUGACAGAACUAAGAGUAAUGGAAGGAAAGGAUCCUUCACCCAAGUUUAUCAAUGGUAUCAAUGGAGGCGGAAAUCAUUCCGCCGUGAUCACCAAUAACGGAGAAUUAUGGACAAGUGGUUUAAACGGUGAUGGUCAAUGUAGACCUCUUUCACUUUUAGGCGAUACCUUCACUACGAUAAAUGAUUCCUCGACCACCGUUUACCGUAGAGUGAUUCUUUCCGAAGAAUCGGAAUCGAAAAUUAUGUGGCAACACGUAGCCUGCGGAUGGACCUUUACGAUUGGCGUAACACAACGAGGGUUGGCAUACGUGUUUGGUAGAGGGACUUUUGGGUUGACCAACGAUGGUGUAUGUUAUGGAUGGGGGAAUAAUAAAUUCGGUCAGUUGGGGCAUAUAGGAAAAAGUGUAGAGGACAACGAUGGCAAAAUUUCGACCAAGAGGAAAAAGGAAGACAAUAGUUGUCGUUUUACGCCCGUCAUAAUAAACAUUGGGGUUGAAGAAAAGAUUAAAGACGUCGCAUGCGGACAACAUCACACUGUUGUUUUAACUCAGAAGGGAGAUUUGUACGCCUUUGGUCUCAACAAAUAUGGCCAACUCGGAUAUGCGUCACCGUUGCGAAUCAAAAAUUGCGAGGUUCCAAAGAAAGUUCAUAAUCUUCCUGGAAAGGUCAUUGAAAUAUCUUGUGGAUGGAAUACCACGAUGGCACUCUGCGAAGAUGAUUCGCACAAGUUAUUUGUCUGGGGUCGGAAUGACCAUGGGCAAUUAGGAAUGACAUCCGUAGACAAUAGAACGUCGAAUGAAAACACGGAUGGAUGGAUUUGUGAGCCGACCCCUCUAUGCUUUCUUCCGCAACUCCUCUCAUUCAUUCCGGUGGGUUCUAAAAUCAAAAGUUUUGCUAGUGGGUCUGAACAUUCUUUGGUCGCGACAGCAGAAGGCGAAUGCUAUGCUUGGGGUUGGAAUGAACACGGGAAUUGUGGUACCGGUGAUAAUAUUGAUCAACGGAAUCCAAUUCGUGUUGAUGGAUUCGAUGAAAAUUUUGUUGUAAAAGGAGUUGGUGCUGGAUGUGGGAACUCUUGGAUUUGGAUUGGUCGCAGGUAG